AUGAAUUCUCUGCAGGAUUGGAGGAAAGGUUUCCUAUGGAUGGUCUGCUUCUGUUGCCUACAUCUCUUCUUCCUUGCAAGCCCUUUGCCCCUGAAGGAAGAAGAUGCACCUUCUGAUCAUUCUUGCAGGCUCAGAAAAAUCAACUUCCAGAAAUUCUACUUCAGGAACCAUACAUAUACCUUGGCCAAAAUGGCAAGACUUUCUGACAAUGACACGGAUAACAGGUUUGUGGGGCAACAUCUGUACACUAACAUUAAGGAGAAAAAUCACUGCUAUCUAAUGAAGAGAGUAACAGAGGUUGUGCUGAAAAAUGUCCUCUCUGAACUAAAGAACCAAUAUCCCAUGGUUGAAGAAGUGGCAAAUUUCUUGGGCCAUUUGCAUCAGGAACUUAGCAAUUGUAAACCAUUGGGACAUAAAGAACAUAUUGAAAGUAAUCUGGAAAAAAUGAAAGACAAGAUGAAACAGCUGGGAGAAAAUGGAAAGAACAAAGCAGUUGGGGAACUUGAUUUGCUAUUUGAUUACCUGGAAAAUGCAUGUACUGAAGUAAGCAAAAGAAGCAAUCAGAACUGA